AUGUUGGCUGCUUUGGCGUGCGAGUUGAACCUCGACUUGUGUCAUUUCGAUGUUGAGCAAGCUUUUGUGCGUUCGGAGUUGGAGGAAGACGUGUACAUGCGUUUGCCGCAGGGAUGUGGAGCUCUAUCUGGAAUGAUUGUAAAACUAGGCAAGAGUCUGUAUGGCUUAAGACAGGCAUCUAGGCAGUGGCAUGCAAUGCUGAAGAGGUGUUUGGUGGCGUUAGGAUUUGAGCAGUGCAUGGCCGAUGCUUGUGUGUUUCGUUUGAUUGAGGAUGUAUGUGUUGUUUUGAUUUUGGUAGUACAGGUAGAUGACAUUUUUGCUGUUGGAGAGAGGGAGAGAUGUGAUAAGUAUGGCGCCGACCUUAACAAGUCCGUGCCAGUGAAGAACCUGGGAGAGUUGAGAUGGUAUUCUGGGUGCUUUUACGAGAGGAAUAAGGAGACCGGUAGGUUGACGAUUUCUCAGCAGACUUUCACGGACGAGCUAGCAGCAGAAUAUGGAGUAGUGGGAGGUAGGAGCGUUCCGAUGUCUUCGGGUGUGAAGCUUUCUGAUUUUGAUGCGGAUGAGGUGGCGACAGAGUUUCCGUUUCGUGAGCUGGGGGCGAUUCAACUAGCGCAGAACCCCAUCUCAAACUCGAACUCGAAGCACAUAGAUGUAAGGCACCAUUUUCUCAGGGAACUGGUAGAGAGGAAGGAAAUUUCGGUCAUUCACGUGCCGUCGCCGUACCAGCGUGCAGACUUCCUUACGAAGAGUAUGUCGAAGGAUGCUUUCGAGUCUCACCGUGAUUUGGUGAUGAAUUUGGGAUGAACAUUUUAUUGUUUUUCUGAUAGGUUGUGUUUUGGUUUUGGUUUGCUUCUCGUUUUGUUUCCCGUUUUCUUUCAUUUCCCGCGCCAAGUAUUUGUUACGCGCGAUGCAGCAUUCAUAUUCCUUUGAAUUGUUUUUCUCUCUCUUAUGUUAUUCUGGUAAAGUCUUGGUGGCAUAUCGUCUGGGAAAGACGUCUUUUGGUUGAGAUAUCGGGUGUUAGCGAAGUUUUCAGUGAGAGACUGUUGCGAGCAGGGGGGAUGUUAGAUAUACUCGCAGCAGUAUCUGGUCGUGAGGAUCCCAGGGGAUACAUACGUGUUGGGAAUUUCGUGUGUAGGAGGGUACCACCGGUGCAGUCACGGGGAUCCUUUUGGCGUGGUUGGUGCGAUGGAGCUUGCGUGCGUGCUGCGCACUUCUUCCCUCUCUCUCUCCACCACCACC